ACUAUUUCCUUUGAAAGUAAUGACGUAAUUAAUCACAUGACCGUCAGUGAUGAAGAAGUAGAACUUAACAGCAAUUCCAUCACUGAUGCACUGAGAGUGUAAAUGUCAGAUUUAAUUCUUCCACAGAACGUCUAGUGAAGCUCUAUUUCUAAACUGCAGUUAUUGACGUGCUAGAAUCUUGGGAAAUAUAGACGGCAGCUAUUUACAGAAGCUACAAAACAUAAAUCUUCCACCAGCAAGUUGCUUGUACACUCAUUUACAUACUCCUUGAAUUUCUUUUUAGACAAACGGCACUUAAAAAAAGCGUAUGAAAGAGAAAUAAAAACAAAUAAACAGUGGCACCUGUAUGAAUCUAGAAACAGCUGGAGAGAUCAGUGUGGACACCUUUACCCUAUUACCGUUCUUAAUGCGACAGGUCUUCCUUUAUACACUCUGAACCUUAUAACAUCGAUACCUCAGGUUCCUUCAUAUGGAGGACCCCAAACCAUGCUAUUGGUAACUGAAUCUGCUGUAUUUGAUCAGUAUUUAAAUGCUCAGUGGCUCUAUUGAAAAUCUAACAGUAUGGGUGAGGCAUCUGCAGGCAGUUGCAGUCCACAGUACUGUCAACUUCAGGUCACAGUCCAAUCAGCCAGGUUAACUGCAGUAGGUUUAUUCAAACCUGAUCCAUAUCUGGAGCUCAGUGUUGAUAGCAUGUCACCAAAAAAAACAGAAGUAUGUCGAAAAUCUACAAAUCCAGAAUGGAAUGAACAUUUCACUGUGUUAGUGACACCUUAUUCUAAGUUAGAUUUCCGUGUCUUAAACCAGAACCACAUCCGAGCUAAUUCCUUAUUAGGGGAAGUUACACUUGAUUUGUACCCACUUUUGAAAGAAUAUCAUGGAAAAUUUAAUUCUCAUUCAAAAAAGUUGGAUUUGAAACACAAUGGGAAAGGUAAAAUUGGAGAUUUGUCUAUUGUGCUAAAUGGAAUGGAUGUUAAAAUGGAACAUCUUCCUCCGAAGCGACACAGUGCAGCCAUCAAUGGUCAUCCUAGUGUGCCAAAUGGAACUUCUGGUGCUUUAAUGUUUUCUUCAGCUUCCGAGGGCCCAAGCUGUUAUCGCAGACCCAGCAUGACUCGAUCGCCAUCCCAGUCCAGUGCCACUGGCACUCCAACGCGGUCGCAGUCUGCCAACAUCAAUGAUGCAGUUGCCAUGCCAGCUUUGUAUUACCCCCCUAUUCGACGACCUGUUCCUAAAAAUCCCAGGGCCACUUCUUCAUCCUCUUCUUGUUGUUCCCACAAUGCUCUAGCACCAAACCCUGCCUCUACAUCCAGCACUUCACAAAAUUCAUCCACACCGUCUGGCAGUAGUAGCGCUGGAGCAUCAACAUCUAGUGGACGAGGUGCUGAAGGAGGGCACUCACCAAAAGGCAUUCAGCUUCAGAACGGUGUGGCUCCAAGUCCAGUGUCUCCGCUUGCAUCGAGUUCAUCUCAUAUGACUAGCGGUGCAACAGCUGGUGCCGUUGGUGGAUCCACUGGUGGCGCCUCUGCAGGAGUUGCAGCUGUUGCAGUACCAGCCCAUGUCACAUCUGACGGAGCUUGUGGAACUGUCCCAAAUUAUGCUUCUCAGCAAGCCUCAUCUCAAACUCCUCCUACUCAAGCACAGGUUCAGGCACAAGCACAACAACUGCAGCAGCCCCAGGAUCCUUUACCAAUUGGUUGGCAGAUGAGAUUUGAUCCUCAGGGUCGUGUUUAUUAUGUGGACCACAACACUCGAACUACUACAUGGGAAAGACCUCUUCCACAUGGAUGGGAACGUCGAGUGGACAGCCGUAACCGAGUAUAUUAUGUUGACCACAACACUCGCACGACAACAUGGCAGAAACCUAGCAUGGAUAUGGUUCUGAACUGGCAGCAAUGGCAACAGUGGCGAAACAACAGAAGCAUGGAACACCUACAACAGCGGUUUCUUUAUCCACAGAAUCAAAUGCUAGCAACUGAAGCAGAUACACAGGAUGCAUUGCCUCAGGGAUGGGAGAAGAGAGUUGAUGCAAAUGGAAGAGUUUAUUUUGUUAAUCACAAAAAUCGAACAACUCAAUGGGAAGACCCAAGAACACAAGGCAGAACUCUUCAAGAAGAUCCGUUACCUGAAGGCUGGGAGAUGCGUUAUACAACUGAAAAUGUCCGUUACUUUGUGGAUCACAACACUAGGACUACGACAUUCCAAGAUCCUCGAGGAGGUCCUUGCAAAGGUCCUAAGGGUCCUUUUGGAGUUCCAAUACAAUACGAGAGGAGUUUCCGUUGGAAAUUGGGUCAGUUCCGUUACUUAUGCCACUCCAAUGCACUUCAAGGUCACGUGAAAAUCACUGUAUCCAGAGAUAAUCUGUUUGAAGAUUCAUUUACUCAAAUAAUGAGAUUAGCACCAUAUGACUUGAGACGAAGACUCUACAUUAUCUUUAAGGGAGAAGAAGGAUUAGAUUAUGGUGGUGUUGCCAGGGAAUGGUUUUUUCAUCUUUCUCAUGAAGUCCUCAACCCAAUGUACUGCCUUUUUGAAUAUGCAAGCACAAAGAAUUAUAGUCUGCAAAUCAAUCCAGCCUCCAGUGUGAACCCUGAUCAUUUAUUAUAUUUUAAGUUCAUUGGCCGGUUCAUUGCUAUGGCACUGUAUCAUGGCAAAUUUAUUGACAGUGGAUUUACUCUACCAUUUUACAAACGGAUGUUAAAUAAAAAACUCACAAUAAAAGAUAUAGAAACAAUUGACCAAGAGUUCCACAAUUCACUCAUGUGGAUCAAAGAAAACAAUAUUGAAGAAUGUGGUCUUGAGCUUUACUUUUGUGGAGAUUUUGACAUCCUUGGUAAAUUGGAACAGCAUGAAUUGAAACCCAAUGGCGCCGAAUUAAGAGUUUCAGAAGAGAAUAAAGACGAAUAUAUCAGUCUGAUGACCAACUGGCGGUUCACUCGGGGUGUUGAGGAACAGACCAAAGCUUUCCUUGAUGGGUUUAGUGAAGUGGUACCUUUGCAGUGGCUUCAGUAUUUUGAUGAGAGAGAAUUAGAGCUAAUGUUGUGUGGGAUGCAAGAAAUUGAUGUUGAUGAUUGGGAGAAGAACACAAUUUACAGACACUAUCAAAAGACAAGCAAACAGAUUGUGUGGUUCUGGAAGUUUGUGCGUGAUCUUGAUAAUGAAAAGCGGACGCGAUUGUUGCAGUUUGUGACUGGCACCUGCCGAUUACCUGUUGGUGGUUUUUCUGAAUUAAUGGGGAGCAAUGGACCACAGAGGUUUUGUAUUGAAAAAGUUGGCAAAGAGACUUGGUUACCACGCAGUCAUACAUGCUUCAACCGACUUGAUCUACCACCAUACAAAAGCUAUGAACAACUGACAGAAAAACUGACUUACGCUAUUGAAGAGACAGAAGGAUUUGGUCAAGAAUAGACCAUUCCUUUAUGUCUUGACUCCUGAUUCCCCUUCCCCCCACUUUCCCCACUUCAAGGAUGCAGAUUUAAGUUGAUAGAAUCAAAAAUAUUUUGCCCAAGCAGUUGUUUGAAAGCUUAUACCCUUAAUAAUUGCAGCCCAAUAAAAAUGUUAUAUAAUUACACUUACUUACAUAUACAUAUUUGUUUGUGUGUAUGUGUGUGUGUGUGUGCAUAUGAAUGCUAUAUAUGUAAACAUCUAGGUUGGGGGGGAGCGGUUAGGCCACCUAGAAGAGAAAAACUUAAAAGUAUUUGGUCUGAAUAUCAAUAUAUUUUGUCCUUGUGUGUGUGUGUGUGUAUCUAUCUAUCUCUGUCUAUCUAUAUGUUUAUACAUAUAUCUCUAUAUAUUUGUGCAUAUAUGUGUAUAUAUCAAUGUAUGUAUAUAUAUAUAUAUAUGUGUGAAUAUGUAUGUAUAUAUAUAUAUAUAUAUAUAUAUAUGCAUACAUACACACACACACCAUAGCGAUUAACAGUUUAUAGGAAUAGCCAGGCCACUUAAAAUAAAGAAUUCAAGGGGUUAUGUUUUAGUGUCAAUACCUUUGAUCUAAAGCAAUGAGUCUGACAAAAUAUAUAUUCUGUAUUACCUGGAGGUUUGCCAGAGCUCUCUCUCUGUCUCUGAUGCAACUUUGGUUAAAACCAGGUGUGUAUUUUGUUAGGCUAGAAUUUGCAUGUGUGCUAAUAUAUGUAAAAUCAUAUAAUGUAUAUAUUGUAAAAGUAUAUAUAUGUAAGUAUUAUCUGAUUAAUACUAAAUUCAUUGGCUAAGGGAACAGAUGUGUUUAUCAUAUCAAGAAAUGGUGAUCUUUUCUGAUCAGCCAGGUACCUGAAGUGGACUGUUAAUUUUUGAUAUGGCAGACAUAUCUCAUAAAUAUAUAUUGAUGUGUAUGUAUAUAAUGAUAUGUGUAUAUGUAUAUAUACAUGUGAGAGUUAGUGUACAUACAUAUAAAGCUGUUUGUGCAUGUGCAUACAUAUAUAUGUACAUACAUACACAUAUUUUUGGUUAGUUAUAUAGCUCUGUAAAUGAUUAAAUGCUUCACCUAAAGAAAUUAAGAUGUGCCCUGUGAAACUCAUUUGUGUGUCUAGCUACCCUGCAUGUGUGCAUAUGUGUUUGUGUGCGUGUAUGUGUGUGUGUGUGUGUAUAUAUAUGCAUACACACGUGUAAACAAUUAUAUAGAAAAUAGCUUCCUCUUUUGCAUCAAACAGAGAUUUGUUGUGGAAUGUAAUAAAUCUCAUUGUAUAGCUACACAGAUCUCUUUGCUGUGAAAGACUUAAUCAUAAGACACCUGUUUAUUUGUAUAUAUAUAUAUAUAUCUACACACACACAAAUACUUAAACCACUUUGUUGGUAGUUCAACUGGCAAUGUGCCAGCCGAAGCGCAAAAACGGAACUUUCGUGGUUGUGCCCAGCCAUCCUUUUACCACUCUCUUUUAUUUGUUUGUCACAUUUUCUGUGGAGCUAAACAUUCCUCAGCUAACUGAUGCCAUGCCAUGGAUUUGGUGUACUGAGAUUUCUGUUUCAUAUAUAUAUAUAUAUAUAUAUAUUAUAUAUAUAUAUGUGUGAAUAUGUAUGUAUAUAUAUAUAUAUAUAUAUAUAUGCAUACAUACACACACACACCAUAGCGAUUAACAGUUUAUAGGAAUAGCCAGGCCACUUAAAAUAAAGAAUUCAAGGGGUUAUGUUUUAGUGUCAAUACCUUUGAUCUAAAGCAAUGAGUCUGACAAAAUAUAUAUUCUGUAUUACCUGGAGGUUUGCCAGAGCUCUCUCUCUGUCUCUGAUGCAACUUUGGUUAAAACCAGGUGUGUAUUUUGUUAGGCUAGAAUUUGCAUGUGUGCUAAUAUAUGUAAAAUCAUAUAAUGUAUAUAUUGUAAAAGUAUAUAUAUGUAAGUAUUAUCUGAUUAAUACUAAAUUCAUUGGCUAAGGGAACAGAUGUGUUUAUCAUAUCAAGAAAUGGUGAUCUUUUCUGAUCAGCCAGGUACCUGAAGUGGACUGUUAAUUUUUGAUAUGGCAGACAUAUCUCAUAAAUAUAUAUUGAUGUGUAUGUAUAUAAUGAUAUGUGUAUAUGUAUAUAUACAUGUGAGAGUUAGUGUACAUACAUAUAAAGCUGUUUGUGCAUGUGCAUACAUAUAUAUGUACAUACAUACACAUAUUUUUGGUUAGUUAUAUAGCUCUGUAAAUGAUUAAAUGCUUCACCUAAAGAAAUUAAGAUGUGCCCUGUGAAACUCAUUUGUGUGUCUAGCUACCCUGCAUGUGUGCAUAUGUGUUUGUGUGCGUGUAUGUGUGUGUGUGUGUGUAUAUAUAUGCAUACACACGUGUAAACAAUUAUAUAGAAAAUAGCUUCCUCUUUUGCAUCAAACAGAGAUUUGUUGUGGAAUGUAAUAAAUCUCAUUGUAUAGCUACACAGAUCUCUUUGCUGUGAAAGACUUAAUCAUAAGACACCUGUUUAUUUGUAUAUAUAUAUAUAUAUCUACACACACACAAAUACUUAAACCACUUUGUUGGUAGUUCAACUGGCAAUGUGCCAGCCGAAGCGCAAAAACGGAACUUUCGUGGUUGUGCCCAGCCAUCCUUUUACCACUCUCUUUUAUUUGUUUGUCACAUUUUCUGUGGAGCUAAACAUUCCUCAGCUAACUGA